ACAGAAAUAUAUUAGUUAAGGUAGAUACAGGCGAAAGUAAGACCACUGCCGCAUGGGCCAGUCCAUGGCGUAUGAUUAACUAAUGCGCGUUGCUUGUACAUGACCUUGGCAGGGAGCGAUGAUCUGUUCGACAUUCAGUGAUCCAACUGCCGGAUGAUUUGGCUAGGGCUCAGUGACAUUUUACUGGCCCUACAAUACUCCCCCACCAGAUUCAACGGCCGUUUGAAUCGGUACCAAACAUGUUGGGAGCAGUCUCGCGCCAGAGAGUGCCAAACGAAUAUUAUAAAUCCUCCAGGUAUUGCUUAUCUGUAAAAGAAAUGGAAAGGAGGCGGCAGAAACUGGUCGGGAAACAGCGAGUCAUAAUAUGUUAGUAGGACGUUGCUUAAACGUAAAUUGAUUAACCACAGAAAUAAUGAAAAGAACAAAACGUUUUAUUGUUCUAUCAAGUCGUGCUGAAAUAUAUAGCGUUGACAAGUAAUUCAGUUCCUCCGAUGACAAACGUUAAGUCUGCCGCAAGAGUAAUGAUGCUAUAGCAAUAGUAGGAUAAGUGUAUUAUCAAUCGAUAUCCAUAUUUGUACUGUCAUUGGUUUAAAGUUGUAAGUCGGACAGUGUCGUUGACAGCUAUUAAUUAGUGUCAAAUUCUAGUUAUAUCUAUAUCUAACAGACUAACCGUAAGUACAGAAGUAUAACAGUGAAGAGUGGUCGUGAUUUCGUUGUGCGAAGCUAUUGACCAACUUGUAGUCACAGUUUGAAAAGUCGAUGACUGCUGUUACAGUCAGUAAGGGUUGAAGGCUACAAAUCGACAGCAAAAGGUGGCACGAUGAAGUCUCUAAAAGAUGAUAAACGGUGAAUGCUGCGUGUUUGUUCGGUUAGUGAACAGAAAAAUAUCGAAAAGAACAUAAGAAAACAAGAGUGUCACUCUGGACUCAUGUCAAUGAUACCCGUGAAAAACGCUGUCAGUGUUGGGAUAGAGGCGACAAUAUCGUUUUCAGUUUGCAGGAGAUUCGCUCGACUGCAUAAACUGAUGAUUCGCGCGAAUGAUAUUUUCGUCAGACCACCAAUUGAACUGGACAGGUUGUAAAUCGUCGAGUAUUUGAACAGCCGAUUGAUGUACCGAAAUCAUCUGUUAAAUAACAGCCACGAUGAAACAAUACUUCAUAAAGUACGACAUCGAAGUAGAAUAGCUACAAUAGUUCGGAUAUGUUACAAUGUCAAGUCUAAAUAACAUCGUUCUUACGUAUACUGACAGUUGCACUGAACGUUCGCUUAGGUAUGAUUAGCGUAACAGUUGGAUGUGUGAAUAAAAACAUAUACAAAAACUAUGGUUGGGUUCGUGGAGAAUUUUCGAGGACGUUUAGAUAUUUUCCAAACCCGUAUCGCAUGUAGAUAAACCGAAAAUAGAAUUAAAAUGACUGUCGUGUAAUAAGGAAAUCGAGCCAUGAUUUACCGUGUGAAUUAUUAGCAAAUACAAGGGGUAUAAUAAACAUUAAUUAAAAUGGUAACCACCAAUGUAACUAAGGUUUAGAGGGUCCAGGUAACGUGGCCAUUUCGUAAAAGGCUGAUGCAAAGAGCUUAUUACCUAGCGUUAAGUGACAUAUUAAGUACGACAACGUGUGUACUUGGGACAUGGACUAAGCGUGCUCGUGUACAUGCAAUAUGUUUUACCACAGUAUGUCGACUAACGAGUCAUAAAUGUACAUGAUUUCGACUAAAACUUGACGGCAGUGACAGAAUAUAUGACUAGUUUACGUGAAAGCAACUACGAAAUGUUAUCACGCAUCAUAAAUAUAGUACGAAAUAAUCUAAUGAAAUUAUGAAACUCGCCUGGGUUACUCUUGCCUUUAAGUAAUGAAGUAGGCAGUAGUUUGAAUCUGGAUUAUGCACGAGGUACUGUUGAUUAAAUUUUUCGGUUAACACAACGUUGUAGACUGAAUUUGUAUAAGUCCAGAAUUAAUGUAAGCCGAAUACAUAGCAUUACCUGACGAACAGUCUAAACGAGAUCUAAGAUCGCAGGAAAUUUAUAGUUCAAACUCACCGUGAAUUUCUAGCAUUCGUAUCCUCUGUUUGGCCAUGGAACUCAGCAACUGGAAAUUAGGCAGGCAGUGGUAAAAAAAAGCAGAACAUUCUAGUGGAUAGUGGUUAAGCAGAAAGAUGAAUUUAUAGUCGAUAGUUAAUUUUGUCUUAUUUAUACCAGUGGAUAAGGUACAAAGAGAUAUGCGUUCGUGUUGCCUUGUGGCUAUACUCACGAGUGGUUGAUAUUUUAACAGACAUAUUACACAGGAGCAUUUACAUGCUGCUAAUGCUUGUUAAAGAACCACGAUAGCCGAUUAUAAUCGUAGUUGAUUGGUUAGUUCUGUCGAUUGAACGAAUUAUCUAGGUUUAAAUGCUAAUCAACAUUGACAUGAAGCAACGAAAGUUCACAGUGACAGAUUAACAUAGGCGAUGAUAAAAAUGAAAAGGAAUAAGUAUAGAAUGCAAUAAUAAAGAUUAUAGUGAUGGGUUGCGUUAUUCGAAGUCUUGCUCACCAGUGUAGAUCACCAACGUAGAUGAUCUAUGUCGAAAUGAUUGGAGGCCGACUCGAGUUAGACGUGAAUAGUGUGACGAACCAACUAACAUCGAAGUCACACCUCGUGGUCAGCACCUUACGUGGACUACCCCCAUUGCCGUAACAAGGUACUAUAGAUGCUUUGAAGACUGUACAACACAAAGGACGUUAUUACAGAAAUAUAUUAGUUAAGGUAGAUACAGGCGAAAGUAAGACCACUGCCGCAUGGACCAGUCCAUGGCGUAUGAUUAACUAAUGCGCGUUGCUUGUACAUGACCUUGGCAGGGAGCGAUGAUCUGUUCGACAUUCAGUGAUCCAACUGCCGGAUGAUUUGGCUAGGGCUCAGUGACAUUUCACUGGCCCUACAGGGGAAUUUUCGGGAAAUAGUUGGGGAUUUUCUCAGACCUGGAGAAAAUUUGAGGUUUCGGUGCUAUUCUCCCGAUAUUUCCCCAAAGUUCACUAUAGCGGCUUCCCCAAAAUUCACCGAAAGUUGUUCAAACGUUUCCCAGAAUUGGGAGCUCGGGGUGUUUGAAUUUAAAUUCUAUGCGAACAGUGAUGACAAAGAAUUCAAGCGACAUGACACUGUGACGUAUUCUAACUUAGUUCAAUCACUCACUUUAAGUGAUGCUUACAGAGAUGUUUUAGGUUUGCGCACAGAUUUUCAUGCAAUCGCAAACGGUUCAAAACUGUGGUACAUUGCUGAAUCUGUUCUCGAUGAUUAUCUACGCAAACUGCCCAAAAGUGAACUCAAUGUAUUCGACGCUGUUCACGCACGUGAGGAUGUCAAACCUGGCUUCAUUGAAGGUGGUUUUACCCUGUGGGAUGGCAGCAAGGAUCUCGUCGAUUACCUAUCGAAAUAUUUUUCGGAAAGAAUGUGUGGAAAAAACGUCUUAGAAGUAGGUUGCGGUUGUGGACUACCAGGUAUAUUCGCUAUCAAGGCUGGUGCCCGCUUAGUUAGGUUCCAAGAUUACAAUUCCGAAGUUUUAAAGUGCUGGACUAUUCCUAACGUCAUCAUUAAUUCAGGAUCUCAAAAUGAUGCUGAUAGCCACAAUGAACACACUCAGUUGGAAUUCUACAGCGGGGACUGGUUUCAUCUUUCAAAGCUUUGGCAGUCAAGCGCCAAUGUGAAGUUUGACUAUAUCUUUACUAGUGAAACAAUUUACCGCACAGACCUGUAUGAAAGAUUGCACAACAUACUUGAAACUAGUCUAUGUCAAUCUGGGAUCGUUUUGUUAGCUUGUAAAGCUUCUUACGGACCUGGAGGUAACAUUUUUGACUGGUUAACUUAUGUCGAGAAUCUAGGCGUGUUUCAGACAACUACUUUCAAAUUGACAACUUCUGGGGUAAUGCGAUACAUCGUGAAAAUGAUCAGAGCUUAAUUUGUUUCGAUCAACUUGUUUUGUAUAUUCUUUUUGUUCCGACUUGAUAAAUAAGAUAACAGUUGACCGUAAUUUUAGCUGUUUAAAUAGUUUGGGAAGCCUAAUGUCACGAAAUCUUGAAUGGCAUCUUUGAUCUUUGUUUAGUGGGUUUUAUAUUAGACGAAGAUCACGACAUAAACACACCGUUUGUUACGGUUUUAUCUGUUAACAAUAUUACGUUUCGUAAACGUAAUAUUUCGUGUAAAUUAAAAUUUUAAAUCUAGUUUUCACAAAUACGUCCAGGUCGCAGCUACAUUAGUAAUAUUCAAACUAAACUGACAAACAUAAAAGUAAGUACCAACUCUACUUAAAUUUUUUUUUCGUCAGUAUAACUUCACUUAGGUGAUAUAAAAGAGUUAUGUCGGACAUUGUAGUGUUCAGUAUGUGACAAAGGCAUUGAUUUGUGCACCCAAAAAAGAUUAGCGAAUUGUAAGUCAAACUUACCUGCUUCUUUUUGAGUCACAUUUUGGGCAUAAGUUUGUCUAUAUAACAGCUAAGUUUCUACUAUAAUGAUGAGUAAUAUCAAAGUUGAUGAAUCACAGCAGCAACCUGCAUGAUUAACUUUUUAAGCAAUAGGCAGAAAAUGGUAUAACGUUCGGAAUGCAACGGGUUUCGUUAUGCUCUGAUAAUCUCUUUUUUAUUUGACUUUGGAAAAAUCUUGAUUUUGUGUAAACUGCCGGAAUCCUAGCUUCCUCCAAGUUAACUUAUUUAUCGAAUGAAGUGUUUUACAUCUGAGCACAAUUAGUUGUCUGCCUGCACCUGGACGGUUUCUAACGCUAUGCUCCAGUCGCAGUCUUGACACGGAGAGAAGAGUAUUUAUGAAGUCGGAUCAUGGCCAAAAUCGAUGGGAACCAGGGAUUAUUGUGCUAAAAUUGGGUAGAGUUUUGUAUAAGGUGGGAGGAGCCUUCCGAACAUUUGUUAGGCAUAUGAACCAGGCUCAUAAAGAUAAAAGAACGAUAAACACUAGAGGUGGUCAAACGAAUCUGCCACUGGAUAUACUUUUGGACACUUGCAAGGUGAGGACUUGGGAUGAAAACGAAAGAAACACAUUAAGAGAAGGACGAUGCCGCCGCAGAUCAGUCACCAGACUACAGGUAAACGCGAGAAGUCAUGCUUUUUAGCGAUAUUGGAGGGGUCCCAAAGAUAUACCUCGACAAGCCUAUAGAGACACAGAAAACUUGUUGAAUCUUCGCAUAAAGACCUAGAAAACACAGAAUCACUUGCCACGGUUUGGAUCCGAUAAUUACCUUUGAGGCUACUAUAGUUAGUAUGGUUCCGGAAGCUCAAGGGCGUUUGAAAUAGUAUGAAUACCCCUAUUUUUCUGUACCUUAACUAACUUAGGAGUAAAACGUCCUCUCUACACUUCGCGCCUUUUUUGUCGUGUUCAAGUUGCCGUGUGGAAUUAACCUGGGUUUAUUAGAAGAGCUUAGGAAACUGAUUCUCGCAUUCAGUUGGAAGACUUAUCAGAAAUAAACAUUGAAUAUAAAAGUAAAUCAGUCUCCAAAGGUGUGAUAUUGUUUGGAAUAAGGUGUAGUUCGUUUUUAUCAAGAACCACUCACAUUAAGAAAAAUAACUUCGAUCAGCAUGUCAAACGAAACCAAUCAUUUGUAAAUCAUGAUUUGACAGUAGAUACGAAUAUAUUGAACGGAGGAUGAAGGUGAAAACCUCUCUGGGUAGUGGGUCCACACCACCAUUGUGUCCCCAUCUUGAAGUUGUCGUUACAAUAACCUCUGUGAGGAAAUCAGGGAAUUCUGUUUAACUUCAUUGCUUUUCUGUACCAAUUAGUUGUAUACACUCAUCUUACAUAGCAUUCCUGUAUAGAACUCCUAUAAUAUUCCUGAAUUCUUGGCAAACAGUUAAGUCAAGUUUUUUUUAACAUGGACACGCUAGAAGUUAAGUAUUUUGUACGAUUUCAUAAAAAAAGUCGAGGUUAAGUCUUUUGCAUAGUUAUCAAAUUAUUUUGCAUAAUUGUUUAAGAUCAGAAGGGGUUUUGUGGAUAUUUAUAGUAAUUUCAAUGGUUGAGAUCACGAGUCAAUUGAAGCUGGGCCACCAUAGUAAACCUGGAAGCACUGGACGGCCGUUUUGUCCUAUUGCGGGAUUGCUCAGCAGUGCGCAUAUACGAUCUCGCCCUCCGCGAGAUUCGAACCCAGGACCUAUCAGUCUUGCACGCGAUCGCUUGACCACUGAGCGAUGCGAUUUCUACAGACAAGUGACUACCCGGUCCAUACAUUUAACCAAAAUUACACUUUGUAAUUAAUAAGCACUGACGAAUAAAAUCGGCUUAUGCUUGCACAUAAGUUUCCUCCUUUUUAGGGUUAAAUACUAAAGCAAAUCAAAAGAACAAGAAAUAUUCGAAUAUUGAAAUAUUUUUCUGUAAAAUUUGGCAAGCAUAUACAAGAAAAUAAAUUAUGAUACGAACAUAUGGAAAUCACUAACAAAUUAAGCGAUAAGAGAAGCAAGGAAUUUAUCACAGGUAUUGAUGCAUAGCUGUUAUAUACCAUGUUCCCGAAUUAGUUUCUCGAAGGACAAAUAAAACUUUGUGUACGAGUGGGUCAGUAUCAAUCUGAAGAUUUAGAAAAGUUGAAAAUCAAAGUAUUUAAUUUGCAAAAGUAAAAGAGUUACAUCGUAACCUAGGUACAUGUUCGUACAUUGAGCUAUAAGCCGCAAAUAUUUUUUGUAGGUAGUGAUAUUUAGUCAACUCCAUAUACAGUUGACCAAAAGAUGCUUUUAUUAACUUUAGGAAGUAGAUAUAGACAAUUUUGAUUUGAUAUAUAGUAAAAAAACCUAACUUUAAUCAGGUUUUUAUUUUGCGUCAAAAUCUAAGAUGCAUUGUCGUUGCUCAGGUUCGCCAGCAAGAUACUUUUACCUAGAAAGCUCAUCAUCGGUGCGACCUUUUUGGCUUCUUCAAAAAGUAUCAUGAACAAAGUUCUCAGAAAUCUAUAUUAUAUAUAAUUUAGAUUUUCAAUUUGUUGGUUCAAGAGUUGAAAGAAAACGGGAUUUAUAGCUUUAAUAACAAGCUUGGAAUUUGUAGCAUUUCAGUUUUUAUUAGACUUUAGUUUCAACACUCGUUUCCACAUUUCGGACAGCUCUUUUGAACUAUUAUUCAAAAUCAGUGAAGAUUAGCACGAUAUUCUGAAGAUGCUAAACAUCUGAGGUUAAUCCCAAACAGUGACAAUGUUUGAGUGGACCAAUGCUAGAUAGCUAAUUGUCUGUGAGAUACGAUUUCGAAUACAUUAGAAGUGGAAAAGUAUGAAGCUAAUAUAAUAUAGUUACCUAAAACAGAAUGUUCUCCUCAUUUUUUGUAGACGACUGGGUAGGAUUAUCUACCUUGAUUUCAUCCGAGUGUAAUUUGACCAUAUCAUCAUAAAAACAAUUAGUCUUAACUGCAGGAUAGCUUACGGGUCGACAUAUUGAACAUGACCAAAAAUGAACCACAGAUGCAGGUGUAUCAGUCUUACACUGGAAUUCCCUCAAACAUCUUUCAUGAAACGCAUGAUGGCAGCUGAAGAAUAAAAGGAAUAAGAUAAUCUACCGAAAUUAAGAUUCAGUUAAAUAAUGAAGUGAUAUGACAAAAAAAAUUGUUUGGAUAACUUACUAAAGUAGCGAACAGCUAAAUCAAUGGUUUAACUCAGCCUGGACGCCACUAGGGUCACCACUUGUCCCAACUCCGUAUGAAUGAAGAGGGUCAGGCGUAAAGUUAGCAGCGUAUUUCGUCCAAAAUACGCUAUGUUAGACGAAUUAAUUUCAACUCUUGGAUGAAAAUUGAAGGGUCUAAAUAUAGAGAACUUAUAAUGCCUCAUGGUAUAGCCGAGAUUAUUUGAAAGUCUAGGAGCAUCCAGAUAACCAGAACAACAAACAAUGAAGAUGUACAUGGUGUAUGGGCAAUGUGGGAGACCCGAAGGCCCAAGUAGCUUAAGAAAUAAAAAGAUACAACUUGGAGGUUUGCGUAAUAAAUGAAACCCACUGGACUCAAAAUGAACCGAAAUAAAUAACUUCGGGAGAGAUACUGUUGUAUUGUAGUCACAAAGAAGGAAAUGAUUUGCACACAAAAGAAGUUUCAAUAAUGUUAUGCGAAGAAGUGCGAAAAUUGCUUAUAGGAUGGGAAUCUCAUAGAUCAUCAAAUCAUCCUGCAAAACAAAGAGGGGAUUAAAAUUAAUGUCAUUCAGUGCAAUGUGCUCACCAAAGAUGACAGCCCAAAUAAUAAAUGUUAGUUUUAUGGAGCUGCAGUUCAUUCUACAAAAGUGCUCAGAAUAGGACCAGACCAUCCUGAUGGGAGACUUAGACUCGGAAUGGACAACACUGGAUAAGAAGAUAUCAUGGAACAACACGGACUGUGAGGAAGGAACGAGAAUGGUGAGGGAUUUGUUUUCAACAAUAUGGCUACAAGUGGCACCAUUCACCCCUACACAUGUUUACACAAGGCAGCAUGAGUUUCACUGGACCACAUUACAGAGAAUCAGGUCGAUAGUAAUUGCACCAAUGAAAAACUCGAAAGGUCCAUGGGAGAUGUGAGAACCAGGGGCUAACAGCUUUAGAUCACCAUCUGAUUGUGACUGCUAAGGUCAAACUGAAGCUAAAGAAGCACUAGACACCACCACUGAAUUACCUACUUCUAUGAAUGCGGUGUUCAUCUUGUUGUGCUGAGGUAUGUCAACUUGGACCGCUGCACAUAUGUGCCUGGUCCUACGUUGUAGCUGACUGAUUACAAUGAUUCAACACAGCCUUUAUUUGACAUACUGACAAACUCAACGAAUUCAUUACGUGCCUACCGAUCAAUAUAAAUUUUAAAAAAGCCAUAACGACGUGUGUGAUUUAACUGUUCGUUUGUCUGUUAGCAGAUAGCACAAAACUUGUAUCAUAAGAAGUAAAUGUAUGUAGUGUGUACGGCAAAAGACCGAAUAUCAACUUACUGAAAUACUAUUACACGUUUAGCACUCAAAGCUUUGUCAUCAUUACUCAUCAUACGUUUUGCUUCCCAUUCUCGUCUAGUCAGUAAAUUGUUUAUUCGAAGGUCUAAUCCACAUGUAGAGCAAAUAAGGCUUCGAUUACUAAAACCACAAUUGUACUCUUUAAAUAUUCGAAGUUGCUUGGAAGUUAACUCUUUUCCUGCUAAUUGUUUGUUAAUUACCAUCUGAUUUGCCUCGAAUUGACAGGCUGAUAUAAACUUCUUCACCAAUAAAUUAAUUUUGGAGUUUACUGUAAUUUCUGUCCCAUUAAUCUAAAAAUACGGGAUAAAAUACGUACAUGAAACAAGCAUUUCUCAUGUGUUUUUUUAGAAAUGGUCAUUUACUACUGAUUAUUAGAUCAGUCAGUGUAAUGUGAACAGACGAAAUUAGGAUUCUCAAUUAAGGUAAAAGAAUGUAACAUUUAAUAAAACCUUUUGUUCGGAGCUUCAAGUAAAAAUAUGAAACAAAAACAUGCCUUACAGACUGUUCAAACUAGAACUCAAGAUCAGGAUGAACAAGAAGAAACGCUUUUGAAAAAUCCUACAUGUAUGAGAGUAAUUCUCAUUUUCGAUUAUUAUUAAUAUCAAAUUUUGUAUUCAGAGGUAUCCAUCUUAGAGAGUACAAACUAUUCCGAGAGAAUUUUCUGCUUCAACCAUCGAACAGAUACUAAAUCAUAUGAAUAAAACAUUUAGCAUUAAUGAAAUCAUUCAACUCGAAAUCUAAGAAAGAUAUGCAGGAGUAGGUCAAUUAUAGUGUGUACGAUGUUCUGUUUGGUUUGAGUUUCACGUUUACUAUCAAUCAGAUUUAGUUAAUGUCAUAAUAUUUAUUCCUUAAAAUAUACUAUUCUAACUACAUUUA